AUGUUCCCUAAAGAAGAAGAAGAAGAAGAAGAAGACAAACGUCGCGCACGUCCUCGUUCGUUGACGAUAACGCUCGCUUUAGUAGGAGGAGCGAUGCUGAUGCUGUUUUAUGAUGGUUUUGGUGGUCUUCGGUAUCAUCAUCAACGUAAUAAGAGUAAUAACGUCCAAGGAGUUCUUCACCGCGUGUCCUUGCAAAAAAAGGUGCCUUUGAUGAAAGCAAACGAGGACAAGGAAGCGAUGAGCGAAAACUGGCAAACGAAGAUGAAAGCGUCCAAGCUGCGCGCGAAACACGCGGAGAUGAAGAAGAAGCAAAUGGUGGAGAAGUACACGAGAAACGCCGAAACGAGUUUAAUGGAGGACAAGAAGAUGGAAUCGUCUGAAGACGCGGCGAUCGGAGGAGAAGGAGGAGCGACGUCGUCGGUGCCCAUCGCGAAUUACAUGGACGCGCAAUAUUACGGUCCGGUGGAAAUCGGAACGCCAGGGCAGAAAUUUCAGGUGUGUUUCGAUACCGGGAGCUCGAAUUUGUGGGUGCCGUCGUCAAAGUGCAAGUUUUCUCAAAUUCCCUGCGACGCGCACGAAAAGUACGACAGCGAGAAGAGCAGGUCGUACGAGCCGAACGGUGAGGAUUUUGCAAUUCAAUACGGAUCUGGGUCGUUGAGCGGGUUCUUGAGCUCGGAUACGGUGCGUUUGGGAAAUUCGAUUGAAAUUAAAGAUCAGACGUUUGCGGAAGCGACGAAAGAGCCGGGAUUGACGUUCCUUUUCGCUAAGUUUGACGGGAUCUUAGGAUUGGGAUUUAAGGAAAUCGCCGUCGACGGGGUCACGCCGGUGUUUGAUAACGCCGUCGCGCAAAAUCAAGUCGAGAAAGAUCAGUUUUCGUUUUGGUUAAACAGAGAUCAAGACGGAGACGGUGUGGUUGAUGGUGGUGAACUCGUCUUUGGUGGCGUCGACGAGAAGCACUUCGUCGGCGAGCACGUCUGGGUGGAUUUGACGAAGAAAGGCUACUGGCAAUUCGAUUUGGAUGACGUGAAAGUUGGUGAGUUUUCAUUCAUCGACGACAAAAACGACAAGACGACGGUGUCGUUCUCCUCCUCUACUAAGCAUCAAGCGAUUGCAGAUACAGGAACAUCGUUGCUCGCCGGACCUUCCGCCGUCAUCGAUAAAAUUAACGACGCAAUCGGCGCCGAAAACUUGAUGAUUCAAGAGUGUAAGAUUGCCAUUAAACGUUACGGCGAAGAAUUUUUGGACGACAUCGAAACGUACGAUUCGAGUCAAAUCUGCGAGAGUUUGAACAUCUGUCCAGCUGCCGCUGAAACAAAUGCGAUUGAAAAAGAAAUAAGUGAGCCAACCGGGGUGUUGGCUACGUCUCGAAAAUUAUUGAUGACGACGAGAGAGGAAAAGAAACAUCGCGGUCUUCGCGGGGGUCUCUCGCUUUUGGGCGAUCUUUUCAAACCGUCAAAGAAGAAUGAGGAAAAAGAAACGAAAAAGAGUAAAGUUGCGUGCUCGGCGUGUGAAAUGGCCGUGGAUUACGCGAAGGAGUUAUUGCAAGCGAACGUGACUCGUACGGUUGUUUUGAAUGAACUCGAGAAGGUUUGUGACUUUGUCCCGGCGCAGCCGGGUGGACAAGCCGGAGUCGAUUGCAACGCCAUCGUUGAAAUGCCAAAUAUUUCGUUUACAAUUGCCGGUAAAUCUUUCGAAUUGACGCCGAAACAGUACGUCUUAGAGAUUGAUGAUGGACAAGGCUCAAACACGUGCAUUAGCGGUUUCAUGGGUUUAGAUGUUCCUAAACCAAUGGGUCCUCUGUGGAUUCUAGGUGACGUGUUUUUGGGACCGUAUCACACGGUAUUUGAUCACGGCGGGUCCAGAGUCGGCUUCGCGAAAGCCGCGUAA